UUUGGGUAAUCAAAUUGUUGUGGGAUUCAAAAACAUUCCCAUGGCUGCCUACAAAAUCUCUGGUGUUGUUUUCUUCUUGAUACUUGGGUUGGGCCUUUCCUCAGCCGCUAGGUCUCUCCUCACUUAUGACCUAGGAGGCUACGGUGGAGAUGGAUAUGCUUCUGGUGGCGGUGGCGGUAGUGGUGGUGGUGGGGCAGGUGCUUAUGGUGGGCAUGCUGGUGGAUAUGGUGGUGGGGGUGGUGAAGGAGGUGGUAUAGCAACUGGUGGUGGAUAUGCAGGCGGAGGUGGUGGCGGUAGUGGUGGUGGCGGUGCAUACAGUGGUGGAGGACAUGCUGGUGCUUAUGGGGGUGGUGAAGGUGGUGGUCAUGGUGGUGCUGGAACAUAUGGAGGUGGUUAUGCAGGUGGUGGUGGUGGCGGAAGUGGAGGAGGUGGUGCGGGUGCAUAUGGUGGGGUAGAACAUGCAGGUGGCUAUGGAGGCGGUGAAGGAGCCGGUGGAGGUCAUGCAGGGGGAGGUGGUGCUUAUGCUGGUGGAGGCGGUAGUGGGUCUGGAGGUGGUGGUGCUGGUGCAUAUGGAGGAGUAGAGCACGCCGGCGGCUAUGGAGGUGGUGAAGGAGCCGGUGGAGGUCAUGCAGGUGGUGGUGGUGCUUAUGCUGGUGGAGGCGGUAGUGGUUCUGGUGGCGGUGGUGCUGGUGCAUAUGGAGGUGGAGGAGAGCAUGCCGGAGGCUACGGAGGCGGUGAAGGCGGUGGCCAUGGAGGAGCUUAUGGUGGAGGUGGUGCUGGAGCAUAUGGUGGAGGAGGUGGAUCUGGCGGAGGCGGUGCUGGUGCAUAUGGAGGCGCUGGUGGACAUGCUGGAGGCUAUGGAGGUGGUGAAGGCGGUGGCCAUGGAGGAGCUUAUGGUGGAGGUGGUGCUGGGGCAUAUGGUGGAGGUGGUGGAUCAGGCGGAGGUGGUGCUGGUGCAUAUGGAGGUGCUGGAGGACAUGCUGGAGGAUAUGGAGGUGGUGAAGGUGGUGGCCAUGGAGGAGCAUAUGGUGGAGGUGGUGCAGGUGCAUACGGCGGUGGAGGUGGAAGUGGUGGCGGCGGUGCAGGUGCUUACGGUGGUGGUGGUGAAGCUUUAGGCGGAGGAUAUGGUAGCGGAGGAGGAGCUGGUGGUGCUGGUGCAGAAGGGGGACAUGCUUAUGGAAUUGGUGGCGGUGGUGGCUCAGGGGGUGGAGGUGCCUAUGCAGGCGGUGCACAUGCAGGUGGAUACGGUGGUGGUGCUGGAGGUGGUGAAGGAGGUGCCCAUGGAGGGUAUAUUCCUUGAAUUCAUUUCCUCAUACCAAACCUCACAAGCAUGGGCAUUUGCCCAAGAAGUAAUAAUGAGAAGUAAAACCUGAAAACUACAUAUAGUAGUAAUGUAAUUGAUAAUCCUAAAAGAAGCAACUAUAUGUAGUCAUGCAAUUUACCAUUCCAUAGUUUAAUUUCUUCAUAGUAUAAUGUAAUGAAUGAUUUGGUGUUUCCUUUUGAUUCAUAUAAAGCUGUAAUCAUGUUACUUUCUUC